GGUUUGGUUUACGGAUGCUGAGGAGGCUCGUCGGGACUCUCACUGUAAACUCACAAACGGUUCUGGUCGGUUCUGGUAGCAGCCUGUAAACAGUCAGCCGGUCAGACAUGGCCCAGUGCUCCGAGCCUGCUACCGUCAGCUCCGCGGUGAACGGAGAGCUGAAGAGGGAAAGGAAGGUGGCCGUUAUCACCGGCAUCACCGGCCAGGAUGGUUCCUACCUGGCGGAGUUCCUGCUUGCGAAAGGCUAUGAGGUUCAUGGUAUUUUGCGGCGUUCCAGCUCCUUCAACACAGGUCGCAUUGAGCAUCUUUACCAGAACCCACAGACACACACUGAAGGCAACAUGAAGCUGCAUUAUGGUGACCUGACUGACAGCACAUGUCUGGUGAAGAUCAUCAACCAGGUGAAACCUACAGAAAUCUACAACCUGGGUGCUCAGAGUCAUGUCAAGAUCUCCUUUGAGCUGGCCGAGUACACCGCUAACGUAGAUGGUGUGGGCACACUGCGUCUCCUGGACGCCAUAAAAACAUGCAGCCUCACCAAUAAUGUAAAAUUCUACCAGGCCUCCACGAGUGAGCUGUACGGCAAAGUCCAGGAGAUCCCUCAGAAGGAAACCACUCCUUUCUACCCUCGCUCACCUUACGGAGCUGCUAAGCUGUAUGCCUACUGGAUUGUGGUGAAUUUCCGAGAGGCCUAUAACAUGUUUGCUGUCAACGGGAUCCUCUUUAACCACGAGAGCCCAAGGAGAGGUUCAAACUUUGUGACGCGUAAGAUCAGCCGUUCUGUGGCAAAAAUUUACUUGGGCCAACUGGAGAGCUUCAGCCUGGGCAACCUGGACUCCAAAAGGGACUGGGGCCACGCCAAAGACUAUGUGGAGGCUAUGUGGCUGAUGCUGCAACAGGAGGAGCCAGAGGAUUUCGUCAUAUCGACAGGGGAGGUGCACAGUGUGAGGGAGUUUGUGGAGAAGGCCUUCAAACAUGUGGGAAAGACCAUCGUGUGGGAAGGAAAGGAUGAGAAGGAGGUUGGUCGUUGCCAGGAGACAGGUGUGAUACAUGUGAAGGUGGACCCAAAAUACUUCCGACCUACUGAAGUGCGAUAUCUGCAGAGAGGACAAAACACAAAAAGCAUUGAUAAAGUUGGUGGCAAACAGAGAAUGACUUUCACUGACCUGGUGAAGGAGAUGGUGGACGCAGACAUCGAGCUAAUGAAGAAAAAUCCAAAUGCCUGAGGCCAAAUCAGUCAGUCCAUGCAGGGCACCAAUAUUUUAGCACUCCAGUGUUCUGCCACUGAGACUUGCAAUGGAAGGACCAUGUUUUAUUUUGACCUUUAUGACUUUUCCAAAUGAAGUAAUUGUGUCUUCUUUGUUAAGGAUGUUAGUGUAAACCAUUCGCUGCCUUUGUGUCUAGUGUCUAUUUCUGGUAUUAUGAUAUCAUGUUGUUUUGAUUUUGUUUUAUUAUGUAGCAUAUAUGGUUUUUACAUUUCAACACGGAUCAUGUCAGAAUUUAAAUAGAGGGCAAGUUUUAGGGGUUUAUUUAUAUGUGUAUUUGUUUUCAUCGAUUUAGGUGUCAAAGUUGAAAUGGAUUCAUUCAGAGGAUGACAUGGAGGAAUAUAUAAAUAAAUACAAUGAAUGGCGAUUUUAUCUUUUAUUAAAAUGAACAGAUGAACCAUUUGGUACAAUAAAGACUGACCUUUUAA